CAUGGGUCGUGUACUGGUGCUGUUCAUGUUGCUCUGGAGCUCAGAUAUUGAUGAUAUCCGGUUAUUGGGAGGAUCCAGCCGCUGUUCUGGUGUGCUACAGGUGAAGCGCCAGGCAAAGUGGUCAGAAGUGGAUGAUCAAAACUGGGACCUGAAGUUAGCAGACGUAGUUUGCAGACAUCUGGACUGUGGCUCUGUAGUUCGAGCUUCAUCAAAAAGACGUUCACACUCAUACCCUUUUAGCAGCAUCACACCUUCCUGUCUUGAGUCUGAAACUGGACUAAAGAAAUGUUUAACAAAAAGGUCUAUCCUUGAGCUUACAAGUUUGGAGAUCAUCUGCUCAGACUCUGUCAGGCUGGAGAAUGGGACUAGUCUGUGUUCAGGCAGACUGGAGGUGAAGUCUAACCAGUCUACCCAGCCGUGGUCCUCAGUCUGUGAAGAUGACUUUGACCUGCAGGAUGCAGAGGUGGUCUGCAGGGAGCUUGGCUGUGGGUCUCCUUCAGUCCUCCAGGGGGCGCUCUAUGGAGACAUGGAGGCUCCAGUGUGGACCAAAGAGUUCCAGUGUAGAGGCCAUGAGUCUGCUCUGCUGGACUGUGACAGCUCAGAUAGAAACACCUGCUCUUCUGGCAAAGCUGUUGGACUCACCUGCUCAGAGCCUGAUAAUUUCCAGUUGGCGAGAGGAUCCAGUCGCUGUGCCGGUGGACUGGAGAUGAAGAAAGAGGGAAAGUGGAGUAAAGUGUAUGUUGAUGAUCAUUUUGCCUGGAAUCUAAAGGCAGCAGAUGUAGUGUGUAGACAUCUUGACUGCGGCUCUGUUGUUUCAACAGGGUGGAAAAAGAUGAAUUUAAACACAGAAAUAUGGAGGAUUAGAUCAACUUGCCUUCAAUCCAAGUCUGCAGUUAGGGAGUGUAUAUUAACAAAUUCUUACCCUUCCCCUUCCAACCUGGAGAUCAACUGCUCAGGUAACACCACACCAGGCAAUACUUCAGCUAUCUGUAAUCUCAGUCUUUUCGCUUGCAUUUACAUUUCACAAAUGCUUUUGUUCAAAGGACGUCCAAACGAGCUAGCAUCCAAUCUACAGUAGAUCCAGGAGAAGUC